AUGUCCAAUCCGACCGUUAUGGCCUCCUUUACAGAGGAGGGCGCUUCUGCGCCCAUUCGUUGCGCUAGUGAAUCCGACUGCCGUGGAAACCAAUGGAUCGUGCCCUUGGAGCCUCGCCACAAAAUUCUCAACAAGAAUCCCAACUUCCCAGACCGUCUCGUCUGUCAACCUUGCUACGAUCAUUAUCGAACAAAGUCCUCCUCUAGUCAUGGUCGAUUGUCCCAAUCCGAGUCUGCUCGUUCCGCACAUGCCCGUUCCACGCAAGAGCGUAUAACUCCUGGUGUACUGCAGGAUGCGGCUGUAAUCCAGCGUCAAAACAUUGAUGCUCGUACAGGAAAGAAGGUUCCGAAAGCAAUUAAUCAAUUGGCUGCUGUUCCGCGUCGUGGAUUCAUGGGCCCUCCUGAUUUUAUUCCUGGCCCCCACGUAUCCGUUCCAAAUGCUGGAAAUUCUGGAUCAUCUGGUUCUGGUUCCCUGUCGUUCUCAAGCAAGGGUUACUCUGCCAAUCACGCUCAAUACGGCGCUGCUCGAGCAAGUUGGGCUCAGAAUGCAUAUGUUGGUGUUGCACCAGAGGUCAUUUCAAUCCUCAUUAGUGUUCGCUAUGAGGCUCCGGGGAAACCAAAGGGCGAGAGUUUUGGGGCUAUCAGCGAGGGCGUCAUGAUUGAUGCUAAGUCUACCCCGCGAUCGAUUAUGCAGACUGUGUAUGACCAGGUCUAUCCAAAACUCAAGGCUAGAAUCGAUCAAGAUACCGACUGCAGGUUCGAAUUCAAAACUACAAACUUCACUGUGCGAGACGUUGCUACAUGGAUCUCUUUGGCUGGGCAACCGCUUGAGCAGCCAUACUACUACGCUAGCUGUCUCAAGCCUGGUCGCACAAAGCUCGAGAGAGAACGACAUCUUCUUGUUUUUGUUCGGCCUGCUCCCAUUGGGAUUGCGCUUGUGAUUGACCAUGAGGAGUGGAUGCGUCUGCAGGAGUUCAUGGAUCAAAUGCAUAUUUCUCAAGACGUCGAAGAUGAAGAGUUUCGUGAGCAGCCAGUGAAGAAAGCUCCUAAGAAACCUGCAAAGAGGCCCAUAGGGACAGCGAGCAAGGUUUCAAGUAGUGAUGCCCACCCCGGCGCAUCAUCUAAUACUCAGAGUUCUACUUUGGAUGCUCUUGAAACCAAUCGGCGUAUCACGCGUAGCGCCUCUAAAUUAGCUGCCACACCUUCUCUCAACCAAAGCAGGCAAUCGGAGGAGCCUUCUCUCCAAUUUCCAGCUGCCGACGCUCCUAGUCUGAUUACAUUCACCUCGGGCACUUUGCGCUCUGGUCUUGAGUCUUCCUCCUCUGUUGUAGGUGUUCUGAGUGGCGCUUCUUGGUCAUUGAGCAAGAAGGAACGUCCCAUCACGCCGCCAAAUCCGACAGUUUGCAAACGCUCUGCGGCCAAGUAUCGCUCUCCUGAUCAACGUAUUGUGAAGAAAGCACUGACCGUUGGUGGAUCCUUGAAGAAGGCCGGAAACACACCCCUCCACACGACUGAACAAAUCGAAUUCUUCCGAAUCAAAUCUGUUCCCUUUCACGAGUUGAUCGAGCAACCAGACUUUUUUUCCUGCAAACUUGACGCAGUGGAGUACGGCACUCUCUCUAUGGUUGCCUCAGAUCUGCCUCUCGGCAUUGGCAGUUUUAAAUCCGCUCACAAUGCGCGUUUGAAUUUGCAUGUUCUGUCUUCGGGUAACAUACUGGGUUGUGUUCCUAACCAGCACGUUGCUGCAAAGAGGAUGUUUGAGUCGUGGAGCGAGGAUCAGACGCGUCUGGAGAGAUACAAGCCAUCCCAGGAAUAUCUUCAGACUAUUCGGGAGGCCAAUAUCAUGCUCUGGGCCGUCUCACUCUUCGAUUUUUGCUACUCAUUCAUUCAAAGCUUCAUCGAAAAAAAUGGCCCUCCACCAGCGGACUUGACGAUAUUUGACAUCCGCUUCGUCGAAGCUGGCGUUGCUCUUGUUCACGAUUCGAGUGCCCGUGGACAUAGUGUCAAGGACACCUCCUCCUUGGUCCGAUCCUUCAUCAUCGAGGAAAUAAUCACGCCAACUGAAACAGACCAGGCCGAAACAUUCCUCAAAUUCGUCCAUAACAACCUUGCUGCUCCGACUCCGUUUAUUGUCCGCAACACUGUAAACUAUGCAGUUGCAGAGUUCCUGUGCUUUACGCAACACAUCCAGUAUGAGAAAUCUGGAGGGACCGUCUUUCUCUCAGAUCUUCAAGGCAAGUCCUCUCACGUGUUUGGGCCAUGUUCAUGUGUUGAUUUAUUUACCAGGUUCACCUACACGACUGAGUGA